AUGUCCGCCAUACGUACCCUCCAGCGCGCACUGCCCCGGUCACGCCCGGCCAUGUCGGCACCUAUCAUGAUGACGAAUCGGCCCCGCCUAUUUCAUGCGACAGCCUCUGCCCAGGCGAUCCACGAGCUGAAGAGCAAAUCCGACUUUGAUGCGGCCGUCAAGCAGCACAAGACAAUCAUCAUCGACGCCUUCGCUGAGUGGUGCGGUCCCUGCCAUAUGAUCUCGCCCAUCUAUGCAAAGCUCUCUGACGCGUACCCCUCAAUCCGGUUCUACAAGUUCGAUGUCGACCAUGUGCAGGAUCUCAGCGCAGCACUGGAGAUCCGGGCGAUGCCGACUUUCUCCAUCUUCCAGGACGGGAAACGGUUGGAGCAGGUGGUCGGGGCAAACCCGCAGGCUCUGAAGGUGGUGCUCGACCGUCUUUCGAAGGAAGAUUAA